AUGGCGAGGAAAGCAGCCGCCUUCAUCACAGGUGGCGUCUCGGGGAUGGGCCUCGCUGUCGCCGAAGCCCUGGCCUCCCGUUCCAACGAGGAUUGGGACCUCCAUCUAGUUGAUCUGAACGAAAACGCCGGCAAGACCGUGACAUCGUCACUCAAGAACGCAUACUUCCACAAGACAGACGUGACCGACUACGACAGCCUCAUAUCAGCCUUCGAAUCCGCCUUCUCCACGUCUGGUAGGAUAGACUUCGUCUUCGCAAACGCAGGCAUAGUCGAGCGCGACAAUUUCUACGAGAAGCACGAUCUGAGCAGACCGCCUCCAUCAGCCAACCUGCUAAGCAUCGAGAUCAACCUGAAAGCUGUCGUGAACACAUGCUAUGCAGCGCUCCACUACUUCCGCAAGUCACCAAAAGAAGACGGUCCUGGCCCCGCACUGGUCAUGACAGCCAGCUGCGGUGGGCUGUAUCCAUCCGAGUUUUGCCCCAUGUACUCUGCGGCGAAGGCUGGUGUCAUACAAUUCAACAAGGCCAUCUCGUUCUCGUACCACCUUGAGGGUAUCAGAACGUAUGCGACUGCGCCGGGUACUAUCAAGACAAAUUUGAUGUCUGGAGAGGAAUGGAAGAGUUUCCCUGAGCAGUACUUUACGCCAAUGUCUACGCUCGUCAAGGCUGUCACGCUUGUCAUAGAUGGAGGUGAUUUGAAAGAUUCGACUGGCAGGAAGAUCAAGGCCGAGGACGCGUAUGGUUUGACGGUAGAGGUGAAUAGGAAUAACUUUUAUUUCAGGGAAAAGAACAAGUUUUGUGAUUCGGAGAUGGAGGCUAUGAUGAAGUUUACGUCCAUGGAGAAUCAGCUAGCGAGAAUUGAGAAGACGAAGGCGCAGACAAAUGGGACAUAA